AUGUUCAGACACACACCUCACUGCCCAACUCCAGAUACCUCUUUCCUUCUUCCUUGCAUCCAACCCCAACCAAAAUGGUCUCCCUGGAAGCUGUCCAGGCAAGCUCCAGAUCCAUUGAGCCCACUGUAAGUCCCCGGAUUUCUUUCUCUUCUGAUUUCCUAGAUGAAAAGAACUUCAUCUCUAUAAGUCCAAAUUCUGAGAAGGAAAAACAACAUGAGAUGGAUCAAGAGAAAGCACGGAAUACAGAUUUUGAGUUUCUCUCCAGCAAUUCAACCAGCCACACCAUGUUAACUGCUGAUGAGCUUUUCUUUGAAGGGAAGCUCCUUCCCUUUUGGCAAAGGCAGCACUCUGAGAAACUCAACAAGAUGAGCCUCAAAACGAAAAAUGAUGAGGAACAAGAAGAGGAAGAGGCGAACAAGGAGGAGAGCCGGGUGAGUUGGUUUGUGGAUGAUGAUCCAUCUCCUCGGCCACCUAAAUGUACUGUUCUAUGGAAAGAGUUGUUGAGGCUGAAGAAGCAACGAGCUUCAACUUUGUCACCAUCUUCUUCUUCAUCCUCAUCUUCAUCUUCAAGCUCACUUGUUGAUAUGGGCACCAUGGAUCAGGGCAAGGAAGGGUCAGGAAAAAGAGAGAAGCAGGUGAAGAGGAUAAAGAAAGGGUUGGAGAGGACAAGAUCAGCCAGUAUUAGAAUACGGCCUGUUAUUAAUGUGCCUAUUUGCACACAGGGGAAGACCAGUCUUCUGCCACCUUUGUUUCCACUUAAGAAAGGAAGAUUAGAGAGGUGAGAAUGAGGGUGGUGACUGAAGUAGUCCUGAUCUGUAGGAUUGUCCAGUAUGUUCAUCUACUUUUCUUUUCUUUUCUUUCAUUUCAUUUCAUUUUUUGCUGCUGUCAUGUUUAGAUGAGUGUUGGUUUUGGUGGAUCAGAUGAAUUACAAUGUACAUGCUGACUUCUACAUUUUUUCUUGGAUUAUAUUAACAGUUAAUUUCAUCUUUACUUUGUA